CUGGUUCGUCAUCUGUAUAACGAGACGGAAGUGGGAGUUGGAUUAAUUGGGAAGUGUUUGCGGGUGUCAUUUAAUGCUGUUUGGAUCGUGUUUUUUUGUUCUUUAAUUUAUCAUUCACUCUUUUUUCCCUUGAUUGGUUUUUACAAUGUCAUGUUCAAAACUCUACGAGACCAAUAUGCCAGAAAGGGAUGCAGAUACGGUCUGGGGGUUGAACACGGAGAAGUGAAUGUAUUGACCAGUCUGGUUUUACGUGUAGUAAUUUAUCAUGUUUUUUUUCUUUCAUAUUAACAUUAGGUGUGAUUGUGCCUUAAUUUGAAGAUGUCUUUUAUAUGUCAGUAUAUCUACUCAGUAGACAAAAGUCGUUGCUUUUUAUAGCCUAUAGUAAAAUCGCGGCGGAACGACAUGCGCCGUGUUACCUUGAUUUUUACAGAGCAGUAUUUUUUAACUACUCUCUUUAAAAUAGCAGGGAGUCCCGAAUAAACUCGAUGCUGGCCAGUCACUUUUGCCCCGUUACGGAAACGCUGCAGAGCAACUUAAAAAAAAACCUUCCGACGUGGUCUAACAGUGGGAAGAUUAUCUCGCCUUUUCGGCCAAACUCUCACUCGGCAAUCGAUUACCUCAUAUCCUGGUUUAAAGCAGAAACAAGCCAAAGAGGCAGGUUUGGAAUGAAUUACAUGCAUCGGAGAUCGGUUGAUGUGAUCUGUCUCCCAACGACACACAUCAUCACGGAGUACAGCAUGCUACUAUAAUAUAAAAAAUAUAGAAAGAAAUUGUAUGGACCACGUGGGCAGCUACUCUGAAAGUGUAAUCGUAAAUACAGAGUGUGCUUUCACUGACGUGUACCAUGCAUGCGCAGGAUCCGGACUGAUAACUUCUUUUUUUAAAUCAACACCGUGCACGGAUCUGUGGGUGCAGUACGCGUGCUUUCCAGUAAAGCACCCAGGGACGCCGUAGCUGGGAGGCUUCCUGCCCAGCCGCAUUAAUAUGUCAAAAAGCAUCCGGAGGUACAAGAGCGGAGCGGCCGGCAACGGCGUGGCGCUCGGCCGCUGCGAGCGGAUCCGGAUGCCCCGGGCGAAGGUGCUGCUGUGCUGCCUGUGCGGGUUGCUGGCCGUGGCCAUCGCGCUCGGCUUCUACAUGUCCGGCGACUUAAGCAGCAGCAGCACACGGACCCACGCCGUGGAUCUAACCAAAGACAAGUCGUCUCACAGGCCUUCGAAGCUGUCUGCGGCCCAGGUGAAGCGGCUCGCCUCCCAUGUCAGCCUGACCCGCUUAUGGGAGACCUACCUCCGGCCGUUCCUCAGAGAGAGGCUGCCGGGCACCACGGGCAGCAAGCUGGUGCGCCAGCACAUCGUCUCCCAGCUGAGUUCCCUGUCUGCGGGCUGGUUGGUGGAGACGGACCCCUUCAGCUCCCCCACGCCGCACGGCCCCGUCACCUUUUCCAACGUGCUGGCGGUUCUGGACCCCGCCGCGCCUCGCCGGCUGCUGCUGGCCUGCCACUACGACUCCAAGGCCAUCCAGCCGCCGCGGGGCAAGGCGCAGAAGCCGUUCGUGGGAGCCAGUGACUCGGCCGUGCCCUGUGCCAUGAUCCUGGAGCUGGUCACUGCUCUGGACGGCCAGCUGAAAAGCCUCACCCAGCAGAAGGUGCCGUUGACUCUGCAGCUUGUUUUCUUCGACGGCGAGGAGGCUUUCCAGGAGUGGACGGCCACAGACUCCUUGUACGGUUCCCGUCACCUGGCCGAACGUAUGUCACGCACCAGUCAUCCAGCAGGAGGCCCGCAUGCCACACUGCUCCAGGCCGUGGAUUUGUUUGUUCUACUGGACCUGAUUGGGGCCCCCGACCCACUGUUCGUCAAUCACUUUGACAACACUGCCCGCUGGUUUGACCGGCUCAUCACAGCAGAGAAACGAUUGCACAAGUUGGGCCUGCUGUCUUCCCACCCCAGUGAGCAGAGCUACUUCCGGAAGGAUGUGUACCUGGGCCCCGUACAGGAUGACCACAUCCCUUUCUUACAGAGGGGGGUCCCUGUGCUUCAUCUCAUCGCUACGCCUUUCCCCUCCUUCUGGCACACGCUGCAGGAUACCGAGGAGAACAUGCACGCUCCCACCGUGGAGAACCUGACGAAGAUCAUGAUGGUGUUCUUGGCGGAGUACCUGGGGUUCUGAGAGACCCGUUACAGUGGGGGGUGGGGGGGGGGGAGAGGACCUUGCCUUGUCUUGUUCCAGCAGCUGUGUCCUAAUUAGGCAUCACGUGCUCAUACACCCUGCCAUCCAGAUGCGCUCGGCGCUUUGUCAUCUCUUGGCUCGCAGCUGCUCGGACAACAUGGAGCCUGGGCACAGGAUAGCGCAUGGCCUGGGCACACAAACUUGACGAGGUGGUUUAACAUACAUAUAAGCCAAUCAGAAAUGGCCACAGGCUGAAGCCACGCCCUCACUCAGUUCCCAUUGGCUAAAAUAUUACUGCUCAGAGUAGCAGCUCAUCUCUGUCUAGCUGGUUUUCAGUUAGGAGCUGCUCUGUGCCAUGAGGAAGAGGUGAAUUGUGUGACCGCUGGAAGUGUGAGUUCCUCCCUCUCUGCUCUGGGAACAGAUACUAAUACCACAGAUUCCGUUCUUAUCGGGCUUCUGUUUACUAUUCUGAAAGGUUUAAGAAAGGGAACAAAACGUGGAAGUUAUUCAACCGAGUCCCUUUUGCCCAGUUCUUUAAAGAAAUGAAAUAUGUAUACAUAUAUUUUUAGAAGAGAAAGUAUUCAAUCUAGAAUUUAUAAUUUGUUUCUGAAUGUGGUUUUGAAGCACAUUUGUCGUUAUGGGACGUUUUUCAUAAGGAGUAUGAUCGAAGUUUGGUACUAAUGGUUGGCCUUUAUGACCUAUUAAUGACGGAAGCCAUAACUGUCUUUAAAAAUGUAUUAAAGUCAGACUUUGCAUGAAA